GCACACAUCUAGUCUGGUCACUAUUGAAAUAAUCCUGGACCCCUGUUCGCCUGCAGAUGGCAUGCAGCUGACUGACAUGAAUGACAGUCUAACAGGCGCGUUAGCCAUCGGUCGUUCGGGGGUCGGUUGAUCAUCCGACAUGAAAAGAAUCCCCCCUGCGGCUACUGCUGCUACUGCUGAUUUUCUGCUGUGGUGGUGCUGUUUGGGCCCUUCCGUCAGUGAAACGAGAUACGGUAAGCAGAUGGGCAUUCACUUGGCGCUGAAAUCGUGGCGGAGUAGGCUAGCAAGUAGUAAAUUUAGUAAGGAGUGCUUCAUGCUCUUGAUGCUGUUUGACAGGGAGAUCGACCAGCUAGCUGUGUUGAUUUCUUGGUUUGUUGAGCUCCAUUUGAAUGGCAGCAGCAGCAGCAACAACAACAACAACAACAACCCAACAGUCAGAUCAACUUCAACUGACUGCUCUCACCGUGCGUUAGUGCUCAUUUCCGGCAUCUUGAACUUCCGAUGAUGCGAAAGGGACAAGAGGGCAAAAGGUCACAUGUGAUGCUGGGAAUGG